CGACAGUGUUUCUCCCUCAAAAUAAAACCCGCUCCUCUCCGGACUGUUUGAUCACAUGCUGGGAAGGUUUGAAGUUGCGGCUUCAUGUCACACAUGCGUACCAACAAAGUGAAUGGCACACGGGCGCAGAAGUGACACCGAGGCGACCAGAGAGGGUGGACUCUACCAGAGCUGAUCCACUGCAGCUGGGUAAAGUCCACGCGGGAGAGAAGAAGACAGAGGAGCGCGCGCGGAGAGAGAGAGAAGCUGAAGAUGAAAGCCGCGAGAGGCUGUAGUAUCCCACCACCGGCGUCUCCGAAAUCCAGGUCUUUAGGACGCACGGGGAGUCGCGGCGCGUAGAAUUUGGCUCAGUUGAGAAAGUUCAGCGACUGUAUACAAUGGUUAUAAAUGGGUCUCACCUGAACAGCUCCUCGCCAGACCCCAGUGACACCGUCCUGAACCGCCCACCGUGGGUUACCACAACUUUGGGGUGCUUCCUCAUCUUCACCAUCGUCGUUGACAUCCUGGGCAACCUCUUGGUCAUCUUCUCCGUCUAUCGGAACAAGAAGCUCAGGAACGCAGGGAACAUCUUUGUGGUGAGCCUGGCAGUGGCAGACCUUGUGGUGGCCAUCUACCCGUACCCUCUGGUCCUCACCUCCAUCUUCCACAAUGGCUGGAACCUGGGUUACGUCCACUGCCAGAUCAGUGGCUUCCUCAUGGGCGUCAGCGUCAUUGGCUCCAUCUUCAACAUCACCGGCAUCGCCAUCAACCGAUACUGUUACAUCUGCCACAGCCUCAAGUACGAUAAACUGUACAGUGACAAAAACUCUGUCUGCUAUGUGAUGCUCAUCUGGGCACUGACUGUGGUGGCCAUUGUGCCCAACCUCUUUGUGGGUUCGCUUCAGUAUGAUGCGCGGGUUUACUCCUGCACCUUUGAACAGUCAGCCAGCUCAGCGUACACUAUCGCAGUUGUUUUCUUUCACUUUAUUUUACCCAUCAUGAUUGUCACCUACUGCUACCUGCGCAUCUGGAUACUGGUCAUACAGGUGAGGAGGCGGGUCAAACCAGACAAUCGGCCCAAGCUAACUCCGCACGAUGUUCGAAACUUUGUCACCAUGUUCGUUGUGUUCGUGCUCUUUGCCGUUUGCUGGGCGCCACUCAACUUCAUCGGCCUAGCCGUAGCGAUCAAACCGGAGGUCGUGAUUCCCCUCAUCCCCGAGUGGUUAUUUGUGGCCAGCUACUUUAUGGCCUACUUCAACAGCUGCCUUAAUGCCAUUGUGUACGGUGUGCUGAACCAGAACUUCCGGCGUGAGUACAAGCGCAUUGUAGUGUCGGUGUGCACGGCACGCAUCUUCUUCCAGGACAGCUCAAACGAUGCAGGGGAGAGGCUCAAGAGUAAACCAUCACCACUCAUGACCAACAAUAACCAGGUCAAGGUGGACUCUGUCUGAUCCUCUGAUCCAGAACUCAGAGGAGUACUGAGAGGACACAAUAAAUAUGCUGUGACUGAUAGUUGGGGAGGGAAAAAAGCUGAGCAAGAAAAAUACCAAAUACAAUACAAAAAAAAAUUCGAUCCUCUGGGCUGUCCACAGUCUGACAUACGGUGCUAUCUGACCUCUGAACAAUCACAGUAAAAACAGAGGUGCAUAUUAUCUUUGUCUUUUAUCAAGCACUUUUGUUUGACUCUGCAGUAUCUGUAGUACAGUAAAUAUAUGAUGUUGGUUUUGUUUUCAUGUUUACAGUGAUGAUAUAAAUGUAUCAUGCAUUAUAUUAAGUGUUUAUUUUGUAUGAAAUGUAUUGUAGAUAUACAGUAAGAUAUAUCAGGUUCCAGUAAAAAUGAAGACAAAAUUUUAUGAGGCCAAUAAAAAAAAUAUUUCUACAACACUUGGUUGAAAAUAUAACCAGAAGUUUAUAAAUGAAGUUAACCAAUUUUAAUAACCUCAUUUGUGACACUGUAACACUAUAAGUGCAAGCAAUGUGAGUUGCUGCUGUCUUAUUAUACCCUGCAAAACUGUCCCUUUCAUUAGGUGGAAUAUAUAUUUUAGUAAGAGAGAUCUCCCUUUCUCUCUCUCUCUCUCUCUCUUGCUCUUUCUUUGCCACCUUGUGAGCUCAUAUACUGUAUGCAUGGAUAUCAGGAGUUGUUCAUAUGCAAAAUAAAAUCUGGUAUUGAUGGAGGUUCUGCUUUUUUUUCAACUCUGUUAAUGCAUUGUGUAAGUCCAGUUUAAAACUUGGGUACUUUGUCAUAUCUUUGAUCAUCACUCUCUUGGGACAUGACAGCACCACAGAGAAAGAGACGUGGCAAGAAACACAAACAGUCAGAUGAUCAAACUGGCAGUUAAAAAGUCUGUAAAACUGUGUGCAUACAGCAAGUACAGUAAGUAAAGGUUGAACCAAAACUUUGCUCUGUAAACAGUCAUUUAUGUUUCAAAUAAAUACUUUGACUAGUG